AUGACUCGUUCCGAGAAGGUUCAUAGCUCGGAAUAUGAAGUUCUCAACUAUGUCUUGUACCAGCAUUAUCCAGAAACAUCAUGUGUUCCUGGCACAUGGAAUCUCUCAUACUUUCUUGAUCAUACCAACGUGGUUCAGCUUGCUCGAAUACAAGCACCUGGGGUAUCUCUAGCGAGGGCUGCGGGAAAGCCUGUCAUUCUCUUGGAGUUCAACUCCGUGUCAUGCGGUGGGAAGCGAGGACAAUCAGACACAGCAAGUUUUGGCGUUGCGAUGUGGACUAUAGAUUAUGUCCUAUCACUUGCAGUCAACAAUUGGACAGCGGCAUACAUCCACACCCGAGAAGCGGGGAUCUCGUACAACUUAAUCAAUCCCCCUAACCCCCGUAAUUCAGCUUGGAGCGUUGGCCCUCAGUAUUAUUCCUUGUUAUUCCUCGCAGAGGCGUUGCAAGGUGUGCCUGGAGAUCAUUCGGGCUCAGUCAUCGUCGCGGACCUAAAUCUUCCCACUACCACCACCGUGUCUCUCGCUGGAUACGCCAUAUACGAUAAAGGGGCGAAAUUCUUCAGCGGAUUGUCCUUAUCAACUAUGGGGACAUACGAACUACAGAUUGCUCCGCGAGGCCUGCGCUUACAUUUACUGUGCCUUCUAGCAUUCCUCGUACUGCUAACAACAGAACCCUUAGCACGAAAUAUUUUGCAGCGAGAUGUGUGA